UGGAUAACUAACGAAAGGCAAGUGCCGGUUGGUGCGGUUAAGCCCAAGCGAACUCGAAUGGCCACCGCCGUCCUCCCGGCUGCGGCGGCUCUCCCCGGUCCCGCCGCGCCGGCACCGCCUCAUCCUCCACCCGGCCGCGCAUCUCUCCGCCACAUGCCGCAGCUCCACGCGGCUCUACUCAAGUCCGGCGAGCUCACCGCCUCGCCCAAAUCCUUCCACUCCCUCCUCGAGGCCGCCGCCGCCUCCCCGGCGCAACUCUCCUACGCGCUCCGCAUGUUCCGCCUGGGCCCCCGCCCACCACUGUCCGCGCCGUCCUACAACAUCCUCAUGCGCGGUUUAAUCCGCGCGGGCCACGCGGAAGAUGCCCUCCACCUGUUCGUCGAAAUGCUCGGCACGGCUUCGGUCUGCCCCGACCAGCACACGCUCGCCUGCACCCUCAAGUCCUGCUCCAGGAUGCGUGGUCUGGAUGUAGGGCGCGGCAUCCAGGUGUACGCUGUCAAGCGUGGGUUCAUGGUGGAUCGGUUCGUUCUGAGCAGCUUGAUACAUAUGUAUGCGAGCUGUGGCGAUGUUGCAGCGGCACGUGUGCUGUUCGACGCUGUGGAGGAGAAGGGCGUGGUCAUGUGGAAUGCGAUCAUCGCAGGGUACUUCAAGGACGGAGAUUGGAAGGAGGUAGUGGAGAUGUUUAAGGUCAUGCUUGAGGUUGGGGCGCCCUUUGAUGAGGUCACAUUGGUGAGCAUCGCCACGGCAUGCGGCCGAAUAGGUGAUGCCGAGCUUGGGGACUGGAUUGGGGGCUAUGUGGAGGAGAAGGGGAUGGUGGGGAACAGGAACUUAGUGACCGCGCUGGUCGACAUGUAUGCCAAGUGUGGUGAGCUUGGUAAGGCACGGCGAUUGUUCAACGGGAUGCGGUCCCGUGAUGUGGUUGCUUGGAGUGCAAUGAUCUCGGGCUACACGCAGGCAGGUCAGUGCCAGGAGGCGCUUGCUCUUUUCAAUGAGAUGCAGGUUGCUGAGGUGGAGCCAAAUGAUGUGACCAUGGUCAGUGUGCUUUCUGCUUGUGCUAUCCUGGGUGCGCUUGAGACAGGGAGGUGGGUACAUUCAUAUAUAAGAAGGAAGCGUUUGCCUCUCACCGUUGUUCUUAGCACUGCAUUGGUGGACUUCUAUGCGAAGUGCGGAUGCAUUGAUAGUGCAGUCGAGGCAUUUGAGUCAAUGCCCAUGAAGAACACAUGGACGUGGACAGCCUUGAUAAAGGGCAUGGCGAGCAAUGGAAGGGGCAGAGAAGCACUGGAGCUCUUCUCAUCUAUGCGUGAGGCCAAUAUCAAACCCACAUAUGUAACAUUCAUUGGUGUUCUCAUGGCUUGCAGUCACAGCUGCUUAGUUGAAGAGGGUCGCCAGCAUUUUGAUAGCAUGACUCGGGAGUAUGGAAUCCAGCCAAGAGUUGAGCACUACGGCUGUAUUGUGGAUUUGUUGGGGCGGGCUGGUUUGAUAGAUGAGGCAUAUCAGUUUAUCAGAAGCAUGCCCAUUGAGCCAAACACAGUUAUCUGGAGGGCAUUACUGUCUUCCUGCACAGUUCACAAAAAUGUUGAAACUGGGGAAGAAGCACUGAAGCAUAUCAUCUCAUUGGACCCCAGUCACAGUGGUGACUACAUACUUCUGUCAAACAUCUAUGCAUCACUAGGACGAUGGAAGGAUGCAGCAAUGAUUCGAAGGGCAAUGAAUGAUAGAGGGAUUGAGAAAACUCCAGGGUGUAGUCUCAUUGAGGUGGAUGGGACGGUAUUUGAGUUCUUUGCUGAAGAUAGUGAUCACCCCCAGUUGAAGGAGAUAUACGAGAAAGUUAAGGAGAUGAUUGACAAGAUCAAGAUGGCCGGGUAUGUCCCAAAUACAGCUGAUGCGAGGCUAGAUGUUGAUGAGUGUGAGAAGGAACUGUCUGUUUCCCGUCACAGUGAGAAGCUGGCCAUUGCAUUUGGCCUGAUGAAGUUGCACCCUGGUGCAACAAUUCGGUUAUCGAAGAAUCUGAGAGUGUGCUCAGAUUGCCACUCAGCCACGAAAUUGAUUUCGAAGGUGUACAGUAGGGAGAUUGUUGUUCGAGACCGGAAUAGAUUUCAUCAUUUCAAGGAUGGUUCUUGCUCCUGCAAUGAUUACUGGUGAUACCAGUUCUCUGUAUUGCGCUGAAGACCUUUCUUUUAGAUGAGAAUGGACACCAGACACACCUGCUGACCUGCCCCAUUUGGGGGGUGGGGGGGGGGGUGGAAGAUCGAUUGACAUAGUAAGUUAGUAACCUGUAAAUACAAGACAGUUGCUCAGCGUAUACAAAAAGAACCUGCUAGCCUGCAUCAGGUUGUACUUCAACUUCAAGUGUAGGUAAGCCCACGAAUAAUAAUUAGGAAGCUAGUGUCUGGUGUGAUUGUGUAUAGAGUUUACAGUGCUAUGCAUGAAUUUCAAUAAGAAUUAACCUAUUUUAUUUUACUGAACUUUGACAGCAA